UGCAAUCAGCAGUAAGUAGCGGCGAGCGCAGCCUCCUCUCUCAGUCCGCCCCAGACUCCACACAGCCACACACUCCUCACACAGGAAGCUGAGCGACCCGGGCCACGAUGACUGAGCGCUACGACUGCCACUACUGUAAGGAGUCCCUGUUUGGGAAGAAGUACGUGCUGCGAGAGGAGAACCCCUACUGCGUCAAGUGUUACGAGAGCCUGUACUCCAACUCCUGUGAGGACUGCAAGAAGUCCAUCGGCUGCAACACCAGGGAUCUGUCCUACAAGGACCGCCACUGGCAUGAGGACUGCUUCAAGUGCUUCCAGUGCAAGCGCUCCCUGGUGGACAAACCCUUCUCCACCAAGGACGAGCAGCUGCUGUGCACCGAGUGCUACUCCAACGAGUACUCGUCCAAGUGCCACGACUGCAAGAAGACCAUCAUGCCAGGCUCCAGGAAGAUGGAGCACAAGGGGAACAACUGGCACGAGACCUGCUUCACCUGCCAGCGGUGCCAGCAGCCCAUCGGCACCAAGAGCUUCAUCCCCAAGGAGAACAACAACUUCUGUGUGCCCUGCUACGAGAAGCAGUUCGCCAUGCAGUGCAUCCAAUGCAAGAAGGCCAUCACCACCGGCGGGGUGACCUACCGCGAGCAGCCCUGGCACAAGGACUGCUUCCUGUGCACCAGCUGCAAGCAGCAGCUGUCCGGCCAGAGGUUCACCUCCCGGGACGACUUCGCCUACUGCCUCAACUGCUUCUGCAACCUGUAUGCCAAGAAGUGCGCCUCCUGCACCACCCCCAUCAGCGGCCUCGGGGGCAGUAAGUACAUCUCCUUCGAGGAGCGCCAGUGGCACAACGACUGCUUCAACUGCAAGAAGUGCUCCGUGUCCCUGGUGGGCCGCGGCUUCCUCACCGAGCGCGACGACAUCCUGUGCCCGGAGUGCGGCAAGGACAUCUGAACCGGCCAGACCGCCCGGGCCGGAUCGGACCGGACCGGACCGGACGGCCACGUUACGAUCAGCACAGAGCUUAGCCUCCACGGCAUCUUCACUUCUAUGCUUUUCCAUGAAUGCACAUUGUUUUAUCAAAGGAACUAACAACAGCGUUACUCUCUAAUUAAAGAAGAUAUAUUGGUCACGCAUUGAAAAUAGUUAAACUACUAAUCAAUAACCGCUGGCAUGAAUGUAGACUUUUGUUUGGAAGUGUGUUUGCAGACCGGUUUUAAAGCACACGGUCUGUGUUGAAGUGUGACAGUAGCUGCUGCUGCGAGCAAGGACGAGUUUGAUGAUAUAGAUAUAUAAAUAUAGUUUGAACUGUUGCAAAUGAGCUGCACUCUAACCACUAAAACUGCAUCAAUAUUCUGAUAUUCAUGGUAAUAGAACUGCAUGAGAUGUGGGUUGUGUCAACAUGACUCUGCUGAUAGUUUAUGUGAAGGAAAUGCAUAUAAGAGAUGUUUAUAGAGAGAUUUGUGCUUCUAUACCAGCGAGAGAAACGAUCAGUCACAGAGCUGCUGACUUUCCACUGUGAUGACAAAAACCAACCAUGAGUGAUUCUGUCGAGGGUGGGGAGUCAAAACGCUCGUUACUGUGUGUUUUAAUGGACUCCAUCUGAUGGAAGACGCUUUAACAUAGAGGUCAGUUCGUCCAGAACAAUAAAUACAACUUCAAAGACAUCGGAUUCAUCAUUUACU